CUUCGCAACCUUUAUUCAGAUUCCUGUUCUCGAAUCUCCUCAUCAAACAGGACUCUGUGCCUGCCUGAAAGAUGUCCUGCUCCAGCCUGUGUGUCCCUUCUUGUGGGGUGGCCACCCCAUGCCCAGUGGCUGACACCGUCAACGAGCCCUGUGUGCGUCAGUGCCAGGACUCCACGGUGGUGAUCCAGCCCCCAGCCUCAGUGGUCACCUUCCCUGGACCCAUCCUCAGCUCCUUCCCACAGCACAGUGCUGUGGGCUCAGCUGGAGUCCCUGCUGUUGCUGGGGGCUACGGCGGCAGUUAUGGAGGCUAUGGUGGAUUUGGAGGCUAUGGUGGCUACGGAGGUCAUGGUGGCUAUUGGGGCUAUGGAGGCUAUGGCGGCUGUGGCUAUGGACACCUUGGAGGCUAUGGAGGCUUUGGCAGCUAUGGAGGCUUUGGGGGCUGUGGUUAUGGAGGCUGGGGCAGAGGCCUCCUUUCCUUCGGUGCCAGCUGUGGGAUCUGCUAAGCCCUACCCAGGGCCAGCCUUAGACAACAGAAAGCUCUAGGAAAGCCCCUGGCACAUCCAAACAUGGUGAUUCCAGAAGGAAGAACAUCUCUUCUGCACUUCUGCGAUCCAGAGCUUGGACACCUCAUUCCUGCUUCUGGACCAACACUUCAUUUCUUCUGCCCUGCUUGAGCAUCCCUUCCAUAUUUGCUGAUAACAGAGACCCAGUCUUGGUGCCUUCUCCUGUGAUAGGGCUGAUGUUCUUUGUAGCUCUGCCCACAGCCAUGAGAUUUUGGCUGGCCUUGGUCUGGGCUCUGCUCUUGUCCAAACUUCUUCCCCACCUCAAACUGCAAUAAAGCUGUGUUGCACUGCAAUGUGACCCUUGUUUUUUCCUGAUCCUUUUUUCUUUCCUACUUGCCCUUAAUCUCCAGUCAUUA